AAUUAUAUUUUUCUUUCUUUCAUUCAGACCAAAUACAAAUAGAAGAUGAGUAGAUUACUGAACAAGAUCUUUGGCUUCUACAAAGACAUCAACCCUGCCACUUUGACAGGUUCUAUUGAUGUCAUUAUUAUUCAGCAUGAAGAUGAUACCUACAGCUGUUCUCCAUUCCAUGUACGCUUUGGAAAGAUUGGUGUACUCCAUGCAAGAGAAAAAGUGGUGGACAUUACUAUCAAUGGCAAACCCAGUGAUCUCCAUAUGAAACUAGGUGAAGCUGGCGAAGCUUUUUUUGUCCAGGAAGUAGAUGAACCAACAGAAUUCCCUCCUUAUCUAGCAACAUCUCCAAUCCAGUCAAAUGGGGCUGAAUUAAUGGAGCAAGGACUGAAGACAUUGUUACAGUCCAGUGAAAGACAAACCGACCAAGAUUCUCAUAACCUUACAGAUAUCUCUGUUAGUCCACUUGGACAAACAUCAACAACUAGUGGACCAGAAAGCUCUCCCGAAGGAGGCACAAGUGAGAGUGAAGGUCAUGGUCUGACAAGAAAGAGAAAAAAACGCAAAAAUAUGCGUCGUAAAACUGUUACAAAGUCAGCUAAUGUUGACAAAAAACUGCGUCGAGAAGAGGAUAUAUUUGAAAUGGAGGAUGUAUCCACUGAUGAAGACUGUUUAGGAUUAAAUCAAUCUUUAAAAGACAUCACAAUUGAAGAUAAAAUGAACCGCACAGACAACUGGGCAAGCAUGCAAUACCAAUUCUCCCAUCCUUUUAGUGAUAGUGAGGCUUUGGUACAUGUUGAUCCUCAUGAAGAAAAUAUCAAAGAGACAAAAAGUGACACAGAGAUGGAAAGAAGCCCCACAGAAGUCCUUUCAGGAGAUGAGCCUACUUGGGAAUGGGGAGAUUUACCAAAACUUAGUGAAUCUGGAGGAACAGCAUCUCCUGGAGCAAACACAAUUACAGCUGAUGCAAAACGAGGAGAAGAAGCAGCAGGUGGAAUUUUUGGAUUUAUGAGUAGCAAACCUAAAUCACAAACUUCUGAUAAGCCUGAAGGGAUAUACUUGGAUGAAAUCAAUAAAUUAGAUGAUCCUGAAAUUGCUAAAUAUUUCCCUAAAAGUCCAGUAGGAGAGUUUAUUCCUAUGACCUAUUUCAUGUACGUCACUUUCACUUCUUUACCUCUCUCCGAAAAACGCGAAGAAAGUAAAGAUGGCAAGGAUGGAGACGCGGGCGCUGAUGAGGAGGGUCACCCCCACCUGGUAGACGCUCAGGAAGAAAACUCCAGUGAAAGGCCUGCCCGGGAGGUGAACCCAGGUGCGGAUGAUCCUACCGGCAGCAAAAGCCAUGGACAUGGAGAUGAAAGAACCAAAAAAGGAAGAAAAACUGAAGCUAAAACUCAG